AUGUCAUCGGAUCCGCACGACUUUCUUCCUCUGAGCCCUGCGCACUUUCUCGUCGGUCGUACUUUGACGUCGCCCGCCUCAGAGGACCUUCAGCACGCGCCUGCUCAUCGACUCAACCGAUACCAGAUGGUGGAGAAGAUUAGGCAGCAUUUCUGGGCCCGCUGGUCCAAAGAGUACGUCUCCGAAUUACAGACGCGAUCCAAGUGGAGGAGCCACUGUGAAAUCCUCAAGCCAGACACACUGGUACUUAUAAAGGACGAUAAUCUGCCUCCACUAAAAUGGCAGUUGGGACGCAUCGUGAAGACUAUCCCUGGCAGAGACGGUGUGUCAAGAGUGGCAGACAUCCGUACCGCAUCCGGCAUCAUAAGACGCGCUUACACCAAAAUCUGCCCCUUGGUGUCUCAGCCAGAUGAAGAGAGGAGAGAAUCCUCUUGA